AUGACUCCUCCAUGCCCCUACCUAACCAGUCCACUGAAACGGCUGAGCAGAAUUCUGCACUUGCCAGGGACCUGGAGCCCCAACCACCUGAAUUCUUUUCUUACCCAAUGUGGCUACUUCCUGUAUCCUGAUCCUGACGGUGACUUUGUUUUUGUUUCUCAAUACUCAGCCUGCUUCGUGCAGAAGGAAAAGCAAAAGUACAGGUUGGAAAUCAGAAUAUUUCAAACAGGGGUGAGAAGGUUGGAGCAGAGUGUCUGCUUCAUCAUGAAGUGUCCAGUGUUAACGUCCAGGCUGGGCCAGGGGGGCGUCUACCGUGGGCCCACGUUCGUUCAAAUAUUUCCUGGUGGCACUGGAGCAACGGUCCCUGACCUGAGCUGGGUGACACUUGGGGGUUUAGGCUGCAGGCCAGUCCCCUGUGGAGGGAGUUUGCUUCUGGAAGUUCAGAGGCCACUGCGGGGGGGGGGGGGGACACUUCUGCCUCACCAGGUGCUCAACACCUCCGAGGGUCUCCUGCCACUCUAACUGGUGAACGGCUUCUAUGCCUGUUUUCUAGAAGAUGCUUGCCCACCGGCCUUGACUGUGCCUCCCUGGCUUGCUUGGGACAGAGAGACUUUUGCUGUUCCGGAAGGUAUGAAUGUGUACGGACUUUGUUUCUUAAGAGCAGCUUUGGUGAGGAAGGGGCACCAGGUCGCCGAAGCUAAAGGCGGUCUCCGUGGAGACAUUUCUGUCUUGCUCCUGGCAUCUGCUUCCUUAAGGGGCUUCCUGGAUGGUGGGGUCCGUCCCUGGAUCUUGGGGAGGGCCUGUUUCUUCCCUUCCGCCCAGCCACCAAGUAAUCUCACGUCGCCGAUCAGGAAGCGCGCUGUGCUGGCCGCGGGACAUCAACCCCCGCUGAGGUCCUGGAACCGCCCUUUCUGUCUGCAUACCUGCGAAGUAUGUAUUUUUCUGUGUCCCGUGACCUUCCCCAUUCCAGAGUCAGAGGCCUUACUCGACAUCCCAACGCAGAGACUGGGUCUGGUCAAAGAAGGUUGCCACGUGGAGGAAAUCCUGAGCUUGGUGGCAAGGGUGCUGUGGGUCCAGUUCAGCAUCCGUCAUGACAGCCGUCCUCACGUCUUCUGGAAGCCCCUCCUCCUUUGGGCCACUGACGCCACGUGCAAUCAGAGACCUGGAAGGCGGGGCUGUGGGGCCAGCUGGUCUGCUCCCCCUCCACCAUCCCCAGGAGGGGACACCCUUCCAGCAGGAAGGCCACCUGCUUCCUCUCCCCAGUUCUAAUCUGCGGGAUCUGCCACCAUGGGUGGCCGCUGGGAAGGGCUUUGUCAGAGUUUUGCUCUCAAGCCUUCUGAUGCCGGUCUGUCACCUGGCCUCGCUUCCUCUGAAGGGCUCCCUCCUGGCGAGGUGUUGGUGGACCCAGCCAGGCAUGAGACGCCCCCACUUUCACCACCAUUAUUCCAGAAGGAGCCGCGCUCUGACCUCCGCCCAAGUCUUCUCCUCAAAUUCAGAACAGUCCCCAGAGAAAACAGGGCCCCCAAGAGCUCCCACCUGAGCUCCUCUCUGGGGUCCAAACAGUCCAAAGUGUUCCUGGUCUCAAGGCCAUCCAUUUCCAUGACUCUAGGAAGUAUGAGGCCUGAGCAGAGCUUUGCCCAGUCACCAGGAAGUCCCCUCCUGUUGGGAAUAUUGUCAGGGGGACGUGGCUGCCAGUUAGCCCGGCGAGGGGGACCUGGCCAGGCCAGCCAGGAGGAGCCCACAGAACCCACAUGGGCAACCAGUCCCCAAAGUCACAGGGCUUGUGAGCUUCAGAAAAACAUGGAGGGGCUUCUGAGAGGCCCCCUGGCUGGGGUGAGUCUUGGGAGCGGCCCAGGGGAUGCCAAGUAAAAGGAGUGGGGAGGACGAUA